AUGACCGACAUCAGGCCUUUCAAGAUCGACGUCCCUCAGUCUGAGGUAGACCGCCUGAAGCGCAAGCUCCAGGACACCCGUCUGCCUGGUCGUGAGAUCGUGCCCGGCGCAGGCUGGGAUUUUGGCCCGUCGUACGAAUGGUCCGAAGGUCUCUUCAACGAGUGGAGGGACAACUACAAUUGGAACAAGGCUCAGGAGCGCAUCAAUGCCUUUCCCCAGUUCCUAACCGAAAUCGAAGACCUGACAAUCCACUUUGUCCACGCGCGUGCUGAGAAGCCGGCCAGUGCCAUACCUAUCCUUCUCGUUCAUGGGUGGCCAGGAUCUUUCUACGAGUUCAAUCACGUCUGGGGCCCGCUCUCCAAGCCCGAGGAUCCCAGCCAGCCAGCCUUCAACGUCGUCUGCCCCAACAUGCCCGGGUUCUGUUGGUCCUCCUGGCCUCCUCGCAAGGGCUGGACCAUGCAGGACAAUGCUCGCAUCUUCGACGUGCUUAUGAAGCGCCUUGGCUAUAACGAGUACGUGGUCCAGUGCGGUGACUGGGCGCACUGGGUCGGUCGCGAGCUUGGCUCCAAGUACACCGACUCUUGCAAGAUUGUCCACUGCAACUUUGCACCCAGUAUCGUGCCUGGCGAGCGCGGUCAAACAGAGCGUGAGAACUUUCUCGCCGGUCGCGUCACGGACUGGCUGGAGAAGCACCUCGGCUAUGCUGUAUGCAUGCGGACAAGGCCUCACACAAUCGGUAUCGCAUUCCACGACAGCCCCGUGGGCAUCCUCAUGUGGGUUGGCGAGAAGUACGAAGAGCUCGCCCACCCAGACACCCUCAAGAAGGCCUCGUGGACGGAAGACAUCCUCACCACCGUCAGCUUGUACUACUUCAGCGGCUGCAUCAUGCCUUCUAUGCUGCCUUACGUGGAGAAUGUUCGUCACCACCAGUUCGCCGAGGUCGCCACGCAUCCCGACAACCGGAUCAAGGUGCCUUUCGGUUUCACCUCCUACAAGUACGACUCGCAGCCGGCGACGAAGUGGUCUGUUGAGAGGACAGCCAACCUGAAGUUCUACAGAGAACGUGAUGAUGCUGGUCACUUUGCCGCGUUAGAACACCCAACCGGUAUGUGCCAGGAUCUUCGAGAGCUGGUUCAACAGGAGUGGAAGUCAUAG